AUGCCAGAAUAUAGACUGGUUCCAGACUCUAUCAGAGAGAAUUUUAAUAAUUUCCAUCCAAAUGAAUUGUUUGAAAAUUUGCAUGAUAUCGUACUCGAGGGAGAGGUUAAUGCAGAUGAAAGUGAUUUAUCCUCCUCCCCAGAGGUAAAUGAUGCCUUAUAUGAACAACAAUUGGAUAAAUCGUUGCUCUCCAAAAGUUCCAUCGUUGGUCUUGGGUUCGGUCUGAUGAGUCCAGUUCUAGGAAUGUGCACAAGCAUGUCCAUCGGUUUAAAAGAUGGGGGUCCAUUGACAAUUUUGAUUGGGUUCAUGGUAUCAGGCAUAUUUACUUGGUUUUGUUCAUUAUCACUGGGCGAAGUGGUCUCUAAAUAUCCAAAUGAACUACAUAUUAGUUCCGCAAUGCUAUCAUCAUACUUAACUGAUAAUACGCUCGAUAGUAAAUUAAGGUACAUUGCAUCAUGGUAUACAGGUUGGCUUAUGCUAAUUGGGAAUUGGACAAUGAGCACGAGUAUCACAUUUGCAGGUGCACAAUUGACGAUAUCGUUACUUCUACUGAUGAAGUCUGAUUUAAUAUCAGAGACUCAUUUGAUCCUGUUUACAGUGAUUGUCUUCUAUUUAGUGGUGACCAUUGUUGGCUUCAUUAAUCUGAAAUUUUCAAGGUUUAUUGAGACAAUUAAUAAAAUAUGUGUUAUUUGGAUAUUCUAUGCUAUUAUAUUCAUCGACGUACUACUAUUAGUUUUCCAAGCAGGGAAGUUUCGCUCAUUGAAAUAUGCAUUGUUCCAUUUUGAUAACAGUUUAUCUGGGUAUACAAGUGCAUUUCUAUCCUUUAUCAUCGGGUUUCAACAAUCAAAUUUCACAUUACAAGGAUUUUCGAUGUUACCUGCUUUGGCUGACGAAGUUAAAAGACCAGAAAGAGAUAUCCCCAGAGGUAUGUCUACUGCCGUGUUAUUAUCGACUUUUUCCGGUGUAGUCUUCUUACUUCCAAUCAUGCUGAUCUUGCCGGAUCUUGAUAACAUCUUCAACAAUAAGAAUAGCAACUUAUUACCAAUUGUAUCCAUCUUCACACAAUCCACUCAUUCUAAAUUUGUUUCAGUGUUUUUGGUGUUCUGUAUUUUAGGAAACCUACUAUUCAGUGGUAUUGGUUCAAUAACGACCUCAUCUCGUGCCGUGUAUAGUUUUAGCAGAGAUCAUGCAUUGCCUUAUCAUGAACUAUGGACAUUUGUCGAUUCAGACUCAGUUUCAAAAGUUCCUAAAUACUCCAUUUGGUUGAGUAUGGGGGUGUCAUACACCUUAGGUUUAUUAGCACUAUUUUCCACUGCCGCAUUCAAUGCAUUUGUUGGUGCAGCUGUCCUUUGUCUUUGUACUGCCACAGUCAUACCAUUAAUCCUGGUUCUAAUCUCAGGUAGAAGAUCAAUUAGAAAUGCGCCAGUUAAGAUGAAAUAUAAACUAGGGUGGAUCGUCAAUAUCUUAUCCGUUGCUUGGUUAUUAUUGGCAAUGGUGUCAGUCUGCUUCCCUCCUCAAAUCCCAGUGACUUUUUCUACAAUGAACUAUGCCUUGAUGGUGUAUAUAUUUUGUUUGAUCAUCAUUACAGUCUUAUAUUUCCAAUGGGGUAAAAAUAACUUCGUGUUACCACAUCCAAUGAAAACAUCACUAACAUCAAACCCUUCAACAUACGCAAUGUCAAAAUCAUUAGUGGAUCUUUCAAGAGAAACAGAUAUGGAAGAGUUUAACAGUACAAACAAAUCAUCUACAGAGGAAAAUAAAUACAAUAACGAACCAGAUGCAUUCCAAGAUUUAGGUAGAAAUCCAUUCGAUGACGAAAAUAAUAUUGAAUUACAAUACACAACUGCUAAUCAUCAUCACGAGGAGAAAGACUUUACAAAAAAACAUCAUUCUCCACUGUCAUCACUACUUAAGACAUCUGAAAUAGACCUUUCUGAAAGAUAA